AUGCUUCUUUCGAGGCUUCAGACGAAUCUUGUGGGUUCAUUACGUGCUAGAAGAUUGCUGCUGCCGAAAACAUGUUUAAGAUUUCAAACAACGGCUGGAAGUGAUGAAUUACAUGAGCUCCACCCACUACUGCUGGAGAGAGCCAAGAAAUAUGCAGAAGAGCUAGAGUCUUUGGAACAAAAGAUGGCUCAGGGUACUAUGAAUUUCGAUGUUGAGCGGGAAAAGCAUUUUUCAAGGCUUUCUGCCGUGGUGGACUCAUUCAGGCGAUAUUCCAGCGAAAUAUCGACUUUCCGAGAGUUGCAAGCCAUGGUCGAUGAGGACCCAACUUUAAGGGAAGAGGCAGAACAGGAGAUUCAAGACAUUAAACCGAACUUGGUUAAAACGUCGAGUGCCCUUUUGGCGCAACUCUUGCCGCCCCAUCCCUUCGCUGAUAGACCCUGCAUCUUGGAAAUUAGACCAGGUGUAGGUGGUCUGGAAGCCAUGAUUUUUGCACAGGAUCUGCUCACCAUGUACAUAAACUAUGCGCAAAACAAGAGGUGGAAGCACCAUUUGAUCUCUCACAACGAAAAUGAGAGUGGAUCUGGGAUCGUUGACGCAAUUCUUAGCAUCGACGAACCUGGCGCAUAUGAUAUACUGAGGUUCGAGGCUGGUGUUCACAGAGUACAGCGAAUUCCAGCAACCGAAACUAAGGGCCGGACACAUACUUCAACCGCCGCGGUUAUCGUGCUGCCUCAAAUGGCAGAGGAUACCGAAAAGGAAGCAGACUCAUACGAGAGGUCUUUCAAGCCCGACGAAAUUAGAAUUGAUGUUAUGAGAGCACGCGGGAAAGGUGGACAGCACGUCAACACUACUGACUCCGCUGUGCGGCUGACCCAUUAUCCAUCGGGCAUCGUGAUCAAUAUGCAAAACGAGAGGUCCCAACAUAAGAACAAAGCAAAAGCAUUUGCCAUUCUGCGAGCCCGUUUGGCGGAAAUGGAACAAAAAGAAAAAGAGCAGAAGGCAAGAGACGUUAGGAAGGGCCAAGUCAGCACCAUUGACCGCUCCGAUAAAGUGAGAACUUACAAUUUCCCCCAAAAUCGCGUUACGGACCACCGUUGCGGAUUUAAUCUCCACGACAUGGAGGGAAUCAUGGCAGGGGAGCGUCUCGACGACGUCGUAGAAGCCAUGCGAAUUUUUGACAGCGAUAUGCGGGCCAAAGAACUCCUUAAGGAGGUUGAAAGUCACUCCUGA